CCGCGCUCGCCGUAGCCCCGCCCCGCCCCGCCCCGCCCCAACGGGGGCUGGAACCCGGGGCAGAGCGGAGUGGAAAGGGGCCUCAGGUGGCCACCCCUACCUGGCAUCCCUCUAAUCCAGGAGGAUCGUGGAGAAAGAGGCUGUGGGCCUCUCGGGGAGCGAGCUGCGGGUAGCGGCGCACUGGGGACAGGCGCACGCCUGGCUGUCGCCCUUGCCGCUGUGUUUGGGAGGACUCGAACUGGCGCCAGGAAAUAUUAGGAAGCUGUGGUUUUCAAAGCUAAUUAUGAAAACAUUUAUCGUUGGAAUCAGUGGACAUGAGUCCCAGGUUAAAACACUCUUUCAAUAAACGACUGAGUAGGGAAGUACCUCCUUCCCGUGUGAUCUCCUAGACGCUGGGAAACUAGAUCUAAAGAGGAGUGACUCAGUGCCCCUUCUCCUGGACUUCAUGGUCCGGCCAGAAGGGACAAAUAUCUGGCCUGAUGGGAUAAGCCACAGCGGACCUGCCAGCUGGCCCCCAGGUGGAGAGAGAUGGGGAAGAGGAGGCACCACAGAGGAAGUGUGACUUCAUGUGUGACAAACGGUGGGAAAACAACACUGGCUAAGAAUUUGCAGAAACACCUCCCAAAUUGCAGUGUCAUUUCUCAGGAUGAUUUUUUCAAGCCAGAGUCUGAGAUAGAGACAGAUAAAAAUGGAUUUUUGCAGUAUGAUGUGCUUGAAGCUCUUAACAUGGAAAAAAUGAUGUCAACCAUUUCCUGCUGGAUGGAAAGCGCAAGACGCUCUGUGGCAUCAACAGACCGGGAAAGUGCUGAGGAAAUUCCCAUUUUAAUCAUCGAAGGUUUUCUUCUUUUUAAUUAUAAGCCCCUUGACACUAUAUGGAAUAGAAGCUAUUUCCUGACUAUUCCAUAUGAAGAAUGUAAAAGGAGGAGGAGUACAAGGGUCUAUGAGCCUCCAGACUCUCCAGGAUACUUUGAUGGCCAUGUGUGGCCCAUGUAUCUAAAGCACAGACAAGAAAUGCAAGACAUCACAUGGGAAGUUGUGUACCUAGAUGGAACCAAAUCUGAAGAGGACCUCUUUUUGCAAGUCUAUGAAGAUCUAAUACAAGAACUAGCAAAGCAAAAGUGUUUGCAAGUAACAGCAUAAAGACGGAAUGCAGCAAAUCCUUCCUGAAGUGAAUUAGGAAACUCAAAGGAGUAAUUUAAGAACCUUAACCAAGAUACAAGGUGUACUGUGGUACAAUGACAGCCAUUGUUUCAUAUGUUUGAUUUUUAUUGCACAUGGUUUUCCCAACAUGUGGAACAGUAAAUAUCCAUGCCAAUGGACAGGACUCUAGCUUAGCAAGUUGCUCCCUCUCCAGGAAGCACAUAGAUAUAGCAGAGCUCACAGUGAGUCAGAGAGUCUCCACUUUUUGAACAUAGCUCUAAAAUGAUGAUUGUCAAACUUUUCUAACUGGAGCUCAGAGUAAGAAAUAAAGAUUACAUCACAAUUCAAUA